AUGGGAAACUUCACCAUCAUCACUGAAUUCCUUCUCAUGGAGUUUUCUAGCACCUGGGAGCUACAGAUUGCACAUGCUCUUCUGUUCCUCCUGAUUUACUUGGCAGCCCUGAUGGGGAAUGUUCUCACCAUUGCUGCAAUUGUCACUGACCGACACCUUCACUCUCCAAUGUACUUCUUUCUGAGCAACUUAUCCCUGUUGGAUAUCUGCACAAUUUCGGUCACACUUCCCAAAUUCAUUUUGAAUGCCAUUGUUGGCAGUCACUCCAUCUCACUUCUUGGCUGUAUUGCUCAGGUCUUCUUCUUUAUACUCUUUAUUUCAACUGAGUUUGCUGUCCUCAUUGCCAUGUCCUAUGACCGCUUUGUGGCCAUCUGCCACCCCCUGCACUACGGGGUUAGCAUGACACCAGCCCGGUGUCUUUGGGUAACAGGUGGCUCAUGGCUCAGUGGACUUCUUUAUUCAGCACUGCACACAGGUAAUAUUUUCCGAUUGCCUUUCUCAGGAUCCAAUGUGAUCCACCAGUUUUUCUGUGAUGUCUCACAGAUCUUGGAGGUCGCAUCCUCUGAUGUAUUUAAAACAGAGUUUGUAUUGCUUUCCAUUAGUUCAGGGAUUUUUUUGCUUUGCUUUAUCUUUCUAAUAAUAUCAUAUGCUUGUAUCUUCUCCAGUGUGUACAAGAUGCCCUCUGUGGAGGGCCGCUACAAAGCCUUGUCUACCUGCUUCCCCCAGUUGAUUAUCCUCGUCUUAUUUCUCAUUUCUGCAAUGUGUGCAGUCUUGUGGCCCACAUCAGACUCAUCACCAAUCCAGAAUGUUCUUAUUGCAAUCGUCUAUGCAAUACUGCCCCCUUUCAUGAACCCUAUCAUCUAUAGUCUGAGGAACAGGAAAAUCAAGAUUGCACUGGGUAGAAUCAUAAAGUGGACACUUUUUUCAAAGAAGAGAAUUGAGAAAUGUGAAAAUGAGAGGGGCAUUUUGAUAGGCUGUUGUAGCAUAAAAUGGUACAACUAG